AUGGAACUCGCCCUUGCUGCUCCCCCCUGUGCCAGGCUCCAUCGUAGGUGCCAGUGGCCCCCUCGAGCUAGUGGCUCAUCUCAUGCACUGGUAGCGCCUCUUGAGCGCCUUCGAGGAGAUUCAACGAUAAGAUCUUUGGUCUCGACCCCACCACAGCUCUCGAGCUCCUUCCAAGCUUUCCGCUUUGUGUCAACGGAUAACCCGGAAGUGGCGCUUCAAGAUAUCGAGGUGUUCCGCUUGUUUCGCCAUUAUAUGUUGCACCUCGCCACUUGGUAUGAUCUGAACGAUCACUGUCGACACUUUGGGGACCGUGUCCCCGUCAUGGCACGACGGAACCCACUUCUUUUGAGUGCCAUCUUAGCCUUCUCAGCUGCUAGUAUCUGUCACUCAAAUGAUGGGGGUCGUCGGAUGGUAGAGAAGGCUGAAUUCUACCAUCUCCAGAGUAUCAGGAUCCUUCUUCGCGUCACAAGCACCAUACAGGAUGCUAUAUCGAAUGGUGAGAUGCUAGCAGCAAUCUGUCUGCUGCGAUCCUUUGAAAUUAUUUCCCAUAACCUCACCUCUCAGAAUCAUCUUCAAGGAUGCUACUCCAUUCUAGCAAGUCAUUCCAUACAGCUCCAAUCAGAGUCGGGUCUUGCCCGUGCGGCGUUUUGGAAUUAUCUGCGAGAAGACAUCACUAUGGCCUUGAUUGAACGACGGAGACUGAUGAUCGACCUUUCAGACGAGCACCUCCCCCAAGAACUGGAAUUUGACGAUGACUAUGCAAACCACAUCACGGUUCGUCUAGGCCAGGUCAUCAAUAAGUGCUUUAGCGAUGACCUACAUCCCUUCGAGAUCUCAAUAUAUGAUGCGCUUAAACACAAUCUGAAGACUUGGUAUGACCGCUUGCCCGCCUCAUUUACUCCGAUUACGAUGAAAGCAAGCGAUUCUUCCCCUGGUAGUGACACAGGGUUCCCUUUCAUUGGCACUCUGCACGGGUGGCACGCUGCCGCAAGGCAAUAUUAUCAAACAGCGAUGAUCAUUCUCCUCGUAGCGAAGCCGAAUGACCAAGAAGCCUCAAUCAGGGAUAAAAUGACGCACAUGUUGACCGUCGCUAAAGAACUCGAGGACCGUGCAUCCGAGAUCUGUGCCUUAGCGUUGUCAAGUGACUCGGAAGCUGUCUGGGUGAAUUCAUUUGGCCCGAUAGCUUUCUGUGGUUGCUUCCUCCGCGAGCAGGUAAAAUUGAAUACAAUCAUUGAGGCGGUGCAGGACUGGGGUGGGCGAACUGGGUGGCCAGUCUCAAAGAUCAUCCGAUGCUUGGAGGAUCGAGGCAACGCUACUGUAUGA